AGGAAACUGUUGAGCUUGGCGAAUAAUAUGGAUUCUGCCAGAGGUUGGUUUCAGAAGUUUCAUCCAAGGGAUAAAAUGAGGUCGUCUUCGAAGAAGAAGGAGGGUUCUGGAGGAGGAAUCGAAGUUUCAGAUGCACAACUAGAUGAAGAAGCUCUUUCUAAUAUAACGAAACAAAAGGUUGCUGCGGCAAAGCAGUACAUAGAGAAUCAUUAUAAGGAGCAAAUGAAGAGCCUUCAGGAUAGAAAGGAGCGUCGAACUAUCUUGGAAAAGAAGUUGGCUGAUGCUGAUGUCUCUGAGGAAGACCAAAACAACCUUUUCAAGUUUCUGGAGAAAAAGGAAACUGAAUACAUGCGGCUUCAGAGGCAUAAGAUGGGUGUUGAUGAUUUUGAAUUGUUGACCAUGAUUGGAAAAGGGCAUUUGGAGAGAUUUGUGCAGGUCAGAGUUUGCAGGGAAAAGACAACAGGCCAUGUAUUUGCAAUGAAAAAACUAAAGAAAUCAGAGAUGCUUCGCAGAGGCCAGGUAGAACAUGUCAGAGCUGAAAGGAACCUCCUUGCAGAGGUUGAUAGCAAUUGCAUAGUCAAACUUUACUGUUCUUUCCAAGAUGAUGACUACCUAUACCUGAUAAUGGAGUAUCUGCCGGGUGGGGACAUGAUGACUUUACUCAUGAGAAAGGAUAUCUUGACUGAGGAUGAAACUAGAUUUUACGUAGGCGAAACAGUUUUGGCUAUUGAGUCUAUACAUAAACACAAUUAUAUCCAUAGGGAUAUUAAGCCUGAUAAUUUGUUAUUGGAUAGAUAUGGACACUUAAGGCUGUCAGAUUUUGGACUUUGUAAACCAUUAGAUUGCAGCAUACUUCAAGAGGAGGACUUGGCGGAAGGUCAGUAUGUGAAUGGUUCUACACAGAAUGAGGAACAUGGAUCUUCAAAUCGCACACAACAAGAACAAUUACAACACUGGCAAAAGAACAGGAGGACACUAGCUUAUUCUACUGUUGGUACGCCAGAUUAUAUUGCUCCAGAAGUUCUAUUGAAGAAAGGCUAUGGUAUGGAAUGUGAUUGGUGGUCUCUUGGAGCUAUUAUGUACGAAAUGUUAGUAGGAUAUCCUCCUUUUUAUUCUGAUGAUCCAAUGACAACGUGCAGAAAGAUAGUAAACUGGAAAACUCACUUGAAAUUUCCUGAAGAAGCAAUGCUAUCUCCUGAAGCUAAAGAUUUGAUCAGUAAACUAUUGUGUAAUGUGAAUCAGAGGCUGGGAUCAAAAGGUGCAGGUGAAAUAAAGGCUCAUCCAUUUUUCAAAGGUAUUGAAUGGGAUAAGCUAUACCAAAUGGAAGCUGCAUUUAUUCCUGAGGUUAACGAUGACUUAGACACUCAAAAUUUUGAGAAGUUUGAUGAGUCCGACAGCUGCAGUCAACCAUCCUCUAGAAGUGGUCCAUGGAGGAAGAUGCUUUCAUCUAAAGACGUAAAUUUUGUUGGAUACACGUAUAAGAACUUUGAAAUUGUCAACGACUAUCAAGUUCCCGGAAUGGCUGAAUUGAAAAAGAAAACCUCCAAAGCUAAGAGGCCAUCCGUCAAGUCACUUUUUGAUGGCGAGACAGCUGAAACAUCAGAAGCCUCCGAGGCUUCUGCGAGCAUUGACUCUGCUUAAGUCAGACAGCCACAAACUCAAGCCAAGUAAUUUAACAGCAUUUUGACUCUCCAUUGAUACAACUUUUUUCAAGCUGUUUUGUGCUUGGACGCACGUGUU